GUAGGGUGCUGCCCCAGCUGGUGUGGGAUGCUAAAGGCAGAUUCCCCGGCCCGGACUUCCUGUGCCGGCUGGUGAAGUACCUGCAGGUCCUCGGGAUGUUCGCCUCCUCCUACAUGAUCGUUGCCAUGACGGUGGACCGGCACUACGCCAUCUGCUGCCCUCUGCUGGCACACCGCAGCGGGGCCAAGCAGCGCUGGAACAGCUGCAUCCUGCUGGCCUGGGGGCUGUCGCUGGUGCUCAGCCUGCCACAGGUGUUCAUCUUCUCCCGCUCUGAACAGUCUCCAGGAGAAUACGAUUGCUGGGGGAACUUUGCUGAGUCGUGGGGCCUCAAGGCCUACGUCACCUGGAUGACUCUGGCGGUCUUCAUCCUCCCCGUCCUCAUCAUCACCGUCUGCCAGGUACGAAUCUUCAAGGAAAUCCAUAACAACCUGUACCUGAAGUCGGACCGCCGCCUCUCCCCCUCCAGACGGGACAGCCAGAGAGGAGAAGGAGUCAGAAGGAGGUCAGAUCUCCCCCUGUAUGUUUCACCCCUCGUGUUCAAAAACCCCUUGAAUGACAGCAGCUUUAGCCCCGCCCCCGUCUACCAGCCGCCCAACAACGUCAACUCACACAGCGACAACACCUGCACUGCUGACUAUG